UGGAAAUAGUGGUAUGCUAUGGCUUUUCUUCAGCCUCAUAUUAAAGGAAGAGAAACUCAUUCAAAUGUUACCGAAAUAUCGCAAGAUGUCAGUGAGGACGAUGAUGUCGAAACUCAAGUGGAAAAUAAUACACAAAGCCAGAGAGAAGACGUGUGCGAAUAUUAUGAUGAUGAAAUUAGUACAAAUCUUCCACGUUCCAUUUCACAGCCAAACACACCAUUGUCUUGUUCUUCAAGCGUAGAUAUUUCAAGACCAGCAUCCCGUGCUACAAGUGUAAACAGUGUCGAGCGUUCCAAAAAAAUUAAACUUGCAGCCAGAAAUGCUGAAUAAAUACCGGAAAUAUUAAAAGAAUAUGU